GCUUUCUAUUGAAGUGGACGUAAACCAUCUCCAUUGCCCCAAGCCUUUAUCGAAUCUCACUCCAUACUUAGAAUUAACGGCGCAGGUGCCUCCGUUAUUUUUGUGAUGUAGUAGUUUUUUAAUUUUUUCAAAAAUUCCAAAGAGAAAUUGUACUUAUAUAAUAUAUAUAGUUUAAAUAGGAGGUUGUGAAAAUAAGUGGACAUAAGCCAUCUUCAUCCCCCUAAGCCUUAAUCAGAUCUCUACUCCAUGCUUGCAAUGAAGCGCUUGUGCAGCUGACCUAUAUCACUUUCAGGACAUUCUGAAAAUCUUUCCUGAUCCUUUUCAAGUAAUAUGGACACACUUCAGAGUUUUCCUUUUAAAAUUGGACAAGAUGCUGAAUCAAAGUCCCAUACAGAUGGCUAUCGGGGAGCUUGGUUUCGUUGUAAGGUGAAAAAUAUAAGCAUGCGGGGAGGCGAGUUGUGGUGUGCCUUGGAGUAUUUUGAUUUUCCUGGUGAAAAAGUUACGUGGACAAAAGUCUACCAGAAAGAUCCAGCAAAUAGGAAGAAAUUAGAGCUGAUGGUGAGGCCAGGUUUUCCUCAUUUUUGUCGUGAAUGUGAAAUUGCAGACUGUCAAAAUAAUUCUGAAAUAGCAGCCAUUAUCAACAAUGAGUGGCAAGUUGGAAAUUUGGUAGACUUGUGGUAUGAUAGUUGCUUUUGGUCUGGCAAAAUAGUUGCAGUUCUUGACAACAGUAAAAUUCAGGUUGAUUUGCUAAAACCUCCUAAUGGUGAAGGGGGCUCUUAUGAAGCUGAUUGCAAAGAUCUGCGUCCCAUGUUGUCAUGGUCAAUUGAAUCUGGUUGGAUUGUCCCUCUGGAGAAGGGUAGAAAAGAUUUUAACUCUUGUGUACGGCUUAAGGGUGAUUGUAAUUCAACUUUUCUUACGAGUACUUCAGCUCAGGACAAAAAUCAUCCAUGGAAGAACUUGGUUCUACAAGAUGGUUCUGUUGCACAUAUGGUUCCAGAAUUAAAGAGUAACCAAGAAAAAGAUCUUAAGAUAUUCCAUGGUAAUUUUGCUUAUGAAAAGCAGGUGAUGGAUACAGUUAUGAGAAAAGAAAUGACAUAUAGAAUCAAUUGUUCUGCAGGAGCAUGCAGUCAUCUCUCCAAAUAUAUUCAACUGGAUGGUGAAACAAACAAUAAGAAGCAUAUUUGGAAUCCUGAACAGUCAAACCUAAGAGUUGGUAAGGCUGAGAGUAGUGCCUCAGUCACUGCAAACAGUGAAGGUUUUCCAAACAAUAUUUUAUGCCAGAAUUGGCAGGUACGAGGGAAUGAGCUGCAAGAAGUUGACACUUCUUAUGUAUAUGAAUGUCCAGGUGUUCCCAAUCAAGAUUUGCAUAUGACUGAAGCAUUAAUGGACAAUGAUGCCAUAGAGCAUAAGAGGAAAGGCAUUAGUGUUGAUAACUCUUUUCCCAAUAUAGCUAGAAUUGACAUCAAUCAGUCUAUGAUGAGCAAUUCACUUUCUAGAAAAACAAGAAAUUCAUUUGCUUUGUCAACAUAUAAGAAAGAACAAGCUAAAGUCAUUGUUGACAGAGCAAAGUCCUUUUGUCAUGUAAGAGAUCACCUGAAGCACAAGAACCUAGCUGGAGGAAACAAUCACUUAGUCUCUGUCAGUAAUCAGUUUGAUAUGCCUUGUAACAGCAGAAAUAAAAAUUCAAAAAGGAAUUCAUGCAGGGAUGGUGAUGAAAUAGAAUCAUCGGUUAUGGUUUUGGAAGAGCUUGCUAAUAAAGUUAAAUGGUUAAAAGGUGUUGUGCAAUUCGGAUUUAAUCAACAGUCAGUUAUUGCAGGAUCAUCAUGGCAAUUUGCAGAAAAUCAAAAGACGAAUAAGGAAGUUAACUACAAAUAGCACAACUAUUUUCUAUCAUAUUUGUUCAUAUAAUGGAGUAUGGAAGAUUCAUGUAACAUAAGGUGUUAUUACAAUGACAAAGCACUUGCUUUGAAGCUGGCACAGCAUUGGGACUAAGCUGGAGUCAUAACUGUUGGUUGAAACUUUAUUGCUGGAGACUUUGCACGGACUUUCCUAAUCACAUAUAAUAAACAUCCAAGCAUGAAACCUCACAUGUUUGUGUGUAAGAUGCAUAUGGCUGACAUUAUCCAGUUUGGAACUUGGUCUGCCUGUAGCCUUCAUCAAACAUGCAUUGAAUGCUUAUUUGGAAGGGUAUUGUAAGAGCUAUCCCACAGCUUGAUUUACUUGGAGCAAAGGAGAAAGGAAGCCAAACAAGAUGAACAUCUUUUGAUAGGCAGCCACCUGCAAACAAUACCAAAUAAGUUUGUAAAAGUAAUUUUACAGAGAUCCAUAGAGUCAUCACUACUCCAGCAUGCAGUAGUACUGUGGAAGUCACAUUGUGUUCCUUUAAAUGAAAAAAAAAACAGGGAGGCAUUAUGGUAGUGUAAUCUAUUUAAAGGUGAUUUAUAAUGGAUGCAGAGGCGAUGCAUGAAGAGGACACUAUAAUAUGAUGCAAAACUCGACCACAACAAUGAAUCUCGUGGUACAUUAAGGGUGCGUUUCACAUUUCAAAAUCAAGGGUCAUCGGGAUAAAGUCAGGAUGUUCAAGUAAACACAAGCAUCAACAAGGUUAGGAACAACAAAAGGACGAAAUUCCCAAGUUAGGAGAUGAAAAUGCAAAUGUGAUCAAGGAAUGGAGAUAGUUGUAGCAAAGUUAAGCAAAGUUAGAAGGUUGACUUGAUCACAAUGAUGAUACAAUUUGGGAAUAUGUUCCACCAUCUUCAUCACAUAGAGCAAGCUGGAUAAUGUUGAGUAUCAAGAGAUGUUGGUCAACCACAAACAUUCCUUCAUGGUGAUCUACAUGUUGGGCACGUUGAGGUGGCAUCCUAUUCUUCAUCUACCACUUGAGUUGUGACAAGUUAGUACAUCCAGGUUCAAUGUAUUUGAUUCAUUCCUAACCUCAUUCCUAAAUGGUUGGCAUUCAAAGAAGGAUAUAUGUCCAGUACAUUGUAAUUUUAUCAUUGGUCAAAUGAAGUUAGUUGUAGCUAACCCUAAUUAGGGUUUCAUUUUGUAAUCUUGGCCAUUGAUCUUGAACCGAUCUGAGCCUUUGAAUUGCAACGAGUCCUCUAUAUAAGGCUUAGUUCUCUCAUUUGUAAAGGUUAAUAGUUAAUAGUCAAUAGCUAGAAAUCAGAAACUAUGGUGGAUGUUUUGUGUUAUUUCAACU